CAGGUGAGUGAGCGCGCGCACAGCAGCGAAGGGAGCGCGCCUGAUGAUCCACAGCGGUCGAGACGAGUACGAGCCGAACCGCGCGCGACAUGAGCCUCGAGCCGAACGGUCCAGUUUGAGUCGAUCAGAACCAGAGCCGAGGAGCCCUAGAUCGGAUGCUUCAGACCGAAGGUUCGCAUCUGCAUGACUCCAUUAGUGACCUCUGACACGCCAAGGCCCCGCCCCUUCAGAUCCCAGCCAAUCACAUGUGCCGCUGUCUUCCGCGGCCCAAUCGCUGUCCGCCACGAUGGUUUGCUACGACAACAUGAAAAUAGAGUUCUUCUACAAUCAAAGCAUGAAGAACAUCAGCGAAACGUGGAGGACGAAAGACAUUGUUGUGGUUUCCCUGGGACUUCUGGUUUGUUUUUUUGUAAUUUUCGCCAACAUCAUGGUCAUGUUGGCCAUCUUCAUGAACCGCAGGUUUCAUUAUCCCAUUUACUACCUGCUGGGAAACCUGGCGGCCGCGGAUCUCUUCGCCGGCGUCUCCUACAUGUACCUGAUGUUCCACACCGGCCCGUGGACCAUCAAGCUUAGCAUAAAUCAGUGGUUUGUCCGGCAGGGUUUGAUCGACACCAGUCUGACGGCGUCGGUGAUUAAUCUGAUGGCCAUCGCGCUGGAGCGACACCAGACCAUCUUCACCAUGCAACUGCACAGUAAAAUGACCAACCACAGGGUCGUGCUGCUCAUCAUCAGCAUCUGGGUCAUCGCCAUAGUGAUGGGUCUGGUGCCGACUUUUGGAUGGAACUGCGUGUGCGACAUUAGCGCGUGCUCCACCAUGGCUCCGCUCUACAGUCGCGGGUACCUGGUGUUCUGGGCCGUGUUGAACCUGCUGAUCUUCACGGUUAUGGUGGCCAUCUACACGCGCAUCUUCAUCUAUGUGCGCCGCAAGAACCACCGCAUGAGCCAGCACACCUCGCAGGUCAAACACAAGGAGACGGUGGUCAACCUCAUGAAGACCGUCUUCUUGAUCUUGGGUUGUUUCGUGGUGUGUUGGACGCCGGGCCUGGUUCUGCUUCUGCUGGACGGUCUCUGUGAUCACUGCAACGUCCUGACGUACGAGAAGUUCUUCCUGGUGAUGGCCGAGUGCAACUCCUUCAUGAACCCCAUCAUCUACUCCUACCGCGACAAGGACAUGCGCGACACCUUCAAACGCAUCCUCUGCUACCCGUGCCGGUCGUCCCAGCGGACGGGCGAACACUCGGGCGUACGCUUCAACACGCUCGAGCAAGAGAGGAGACGGCGUGUGCUGCAGGACUCGUGGGUCGCUCGCAGGGCUCGUGAUGGAGGUGGAGGACCGGAGAACGGAGGACCGGUGAACGAAGGGAAGGUGGUGCUGAAUGACGCAGAGAAGAUGCUGGAAGACUCUGAGAGCUGAGCCACGAUUGGCUGAACGAGCUGUCAAUCAAUCCCUCUCAGUGCGUUUCUCUGAGCAUCAAUGAAGAGACUGUGUGUGUGUGUGUGAGCUCAAACUGUGAAUGAAUUGAGUGUAAAUAUAGUUUUUAUUUUAUUAAAGUCUUACUGGUGGAGUUUA